AUACUACUACUACUUCUUUAGCACAUCGCAAUGAAUAAACGAUAAAAGAAGUUGAUCAUACUAUAUAGAUUUCGAUCCACAUACAGAUCUCCUUACCAUUUUCAUUUUUCCUCUCUGCGAAACCCUUCAAUUCCUGAAAUCCUUAUUUCGCGUUUUUGGGAGGAAAGUUGAAACUUAGUUUUAAUGGAAGGAGUUGGGGGUGAUGGCGCCUCGCAAAUGGCGCCUUUAGCCAAGUGGAGAAAUGAUUUCUCGAGGACAUUUCAGUAUUAUUUGGAUAGGUCCACUCCUCAUCCAGUGCAGAGGUGGCUCGGAACUCUGGCUGCUGCAGCGAUUUAUGUCUUGAGGGUUUAUUUUGUUCAAGGAUUUUACAUUGUAUCUUAUGGCCUCGGAAUAUAUAUUUUGAAUCUGUUAAUUGGGUUUCUGUCACCCAAGAUUGAUCCAGAGCUGGAAGCUUUAGAUGGGGCUUCGUUGCCGACAAAAGGCUCUGAUGAGUUCAGGCCUUUCAUCCGCCGGCUACCUGAGUUCAAGUUCUGGUACGCCAUAACGAAGGCUUUCUGUGUGGCUUUUUUUAUGACCUUCUUUACUGUAUUUGAUGUCCCAGUUUUCUGGCCCAUACUGCUAUGCUAUUGGAUCGUUCUAUUUGUCCUCACAAUGAAGCGUCAAAUCGUGCACAUGAUAAAAUACAAAUACGUCCCAUUCAACCUUGGAAAACAGAGGUAUACUGGUAAGAAGUCUGCUGCAAGUAGCAGUGGCUCGUCAAGGGACUGAAGCUGAACACGUACCUAGUUGGAGGAAAAGCGUAGGCCUGUGGUUUUAUGCUCCAAGAUUUUCCGUUGGAACAUAUAAUUUUCUUGUAAAACAUGUAUCCGUGGUUAACAUGUAUGUUGCUGACUUAAUUCUGCUCGACUUUAGAAUCAAAUGCAAUUUGCAUGAUUAGGAUUCUGACAUCUCAUAGAUUGAUCCGAAACACUUUGUUACAGAAUAUAUUUUGUUAGGAACCAGAUAUGGUUGGUGGAAAGCCAGUCCUUGCUUCAUUGUUAUAAGAUCGAUUUGAUUAUCUUAAAGCCUUAAUGAGUUGUUUUCUGUCA